AUGAAAUGCUCAACAUUGAAACCCAAGGAUCAAAUAAGGUCCAGCUUAAAAAACGUGUCUGACCUAUUUGUGAUGGGAGGAGCUCUUGUUUUAGAAUCUGCAGCUCUCUUGCACUGGCUGGAGAGGGAGGGUUAUGGACCUUUAGGAAUGACCGGAAUAUCCAUGGGAGGACAUAUGGCUUCCUUAGCGGUAUCCAACUGGCCUAAGCCCAUGCCAUUGAUUCCAUGUCUGUCUUGGUCCACAGCAUCUGGUGUCUUCACUACGGGUGUGCUGAGUAAAUCAAUUAAUUGGAGGGAGUUGGAAAAGCAGUAUUAUGCACAGACAGUUUAUGAGGAAGAAAUUAUUCACAUGCUUGAAUAUUGUGGAACAGAUUCUUUCAAAAUGGGACAAGAGUUUGUGAAAUACUUCCCUAGCAGUGCAGACAAGAUCACUAACCUUAAUCUGGUUUCUAGAACUUUAAACUUAGAUAUGACUGACCAGGUUGUGUCCUCGAAACAUGAUGAGUGCCAUAAAUCUAGUCAAACAUCCUUUAGUGCUACAUCAGAAGGACUCUUGUUGAAAGAUACUUCUAAGAUGGAGUGCUUCAAUCAAACACUUUCAACCAACAAAAGUAGUUAUACAAGUUGUAAUCCUCAGUCAUACCACCUACUCAGUAAAGAACAAAGAAGAAAGAAUCUUCAGAAAGAAUCUUUACUGUUUAUGAAAGGAGUCAUGGAUGAAUGUACUCAUGUAGCAAAUUUCUCAGUUCCAGUAGACCCAAGCCUCAUUAUAGUAGUUCAAGCCAAAGAAGAUGCAUAUAUUCCACGAACUGGAGUUCGAAGUUUACAAGAAAUUUGGCCUGGUUGUGAAAUCCGAUAUCUAGAAGGGGGUCAUAUUAGUGCUUAUCUUUUCAAACAAGGAAUAUUCAGACAAGCCAUCUAUGAUGCAUUUGAACGCUUUCUGCACAAAUAUGCUAACUGA